CAUCUCUGUUUCUCUCUCUGUUUCUCUCUUGUUUUCUUGCUCUCUCUCUCUCUCUCUGUUUCUCUCUUGCUCUGGUGCUUGCAAAGAAGGAAGAAUAUAACAUGGGAAAGCAAAAGAUGAUACUGAAACUCACUAUGGAGGAUGAUAAGAAAAGGUCUAAAGCCAUGCAGAUUGCAGUUAGUCUUAAUGGUGUUAUAUCAGCAGGACUUGAAGGAGAAGCAAAGGACAAGCUUGUUGUGAUCGGAGACGGAGUUGAUUCGAUUAAACUGACGACGGCAUUGAGGAAGAAAAUGAGCCGUAUCGUCGAGCUGGUCAGUGUUGCUGCUGUUGAGGAGAAGAAAGAUGAUAAAAAGGAUGAUAAAAAAACAUCUGAAGGUGAUGAUGCCAAGAAGCAGACACAGACGCCAAUUUAUGUGCCUCAUUAUUAUGAAACGAUACCACCCCAUCACUAUGUUUAUGGUGGCUAUGAGUAUCCUCCAGACAACAGUUAUGAUCCUGGUUGCUCUAUCAUGUAAAUGGAUCAUAAUCUCAGUUUGU